GUUUUGCGGGGGGUUUAAGUCACGUGACCUCUUCUUAAACUGUCCUGAUUGCCACCUUAAACAGGACAGCUAGCUUGGCAGCUCCCCCCCCUCACGUCUCUAGCUCGACAGGAAAGCGGGUAAACCGAAGCCGCCCGGAGCCGCGCCGUGCUCCAGCCCGCCGGCGGGUAACCCCAGACGGUGUCUCGUUGAUUUAACUCAUGCUGCACGACUCGGGGUUAGCUGCCGACAAACAGCGGCGGCAAGAGGACGGAGAGACGGCUAACGCCCGCUAGCAUUAGCCGGCUAGCAACAGGUUCCCUCCUCCCUCCACCGCCCGAGCCGGAGCCCCGUCAACGUGGAUCAGAGAGGAGGAUGUGGGCUCGCUGACAUCUGCCAGCCAGAGUACUAACAAGCCGCAGACAGGCUGACUAACCCCGACUGCAAGAGCCGAAAGAGCCCCCGGGAAGCAGGAAGGAAUGUAGUUUGUAUUGAAGAGGUCUGUGUCCUCUUGGGCACCCUGACACUGCUCAGACUUUCCCGCCGCCUCACUGGGGCCUGUCACCAUGAGGGGGCGCUGUUCACGGAAACUGGGUACGCUGUCCAAAGCCUUCCUCCUGCUCUGGCUCCUGUGGAUGGCCUACCUCCUCCUGGCGCGCUCCUCGUUCCCCUCCUUUUCCUCAGGAGGGGAUGUUGACGAGGGCCACGGCCUCCUGGCUCGGCAGCUCUCCGUGGAGGAGAGUGGGGCUGUGGGCCAGCUGGCCAGACCCCUAUACGUGAAGCCCGUGGCGAGCAGCGAUGCACCGGGGGAGUGGGGCCGGGCCACACGCCUCAACCUCAGCCCCGAGGAGAAGAAGCAGGAACAGGACAGCGUGGAGCACUAUGCCAUCAACAUCUUUGUGAGCGACAAGAUCUCCCUCCACCGACACAUCCAGGACCACAGGAUGACUGAAUGUCGAGCCAAGAAGUAUGACUAUAGCCGCUUGCCCACUACCUCGGUGAUCAUUGCCUUCUACAACGAGGCCUGGUCCACCCUGCUGAGGACAGUCCACAGCGUCCUGGAGACCUCGCCUGCUGUUCUGCUGAAAGAGGUCAUUCUCAUCGACGACUACAGCGACCGAGCCUACUUAAAAAGCCAGUUGGAGGAGUACAUCAGCAACCUGCAACGCGUGCGGCUCAUCCGCACCAACAAAAGGGAGGGGCUGGUGCGGGCGCGUCUCAUUGGAGCCACCUAUGCCACAGGGGAUGUGCUGACAUUCCUGGACUGCCACUGCGAGUGUGUCCCCGGAUGGAUUGAGCCCCUGCUGGAGAGGAUUGGUCAGAAUGAGAGCACCAUUGUGUGCCCGGUCAUCGACACCAUUGACUGGAACACCUUUGAGUUCUACAUGCAGACUGACGAGCCAAUGAUCGGAGGCUUCGACUGGAGGCUCACCUUCCAGUGGCAUGCUGUUCCCGAGGUGGAGCGCAUAAGGCGCAAAUCCCGUGUCGACCCCAUUAGGUCUCCUACCAUGGCGGGUGGCCUGUUUGCAGUGAGCAAGGCUUAUUUUGAGUACUUGGGCACAUAUGACAUGGGCAUGGAGGUGUGGGGCGGCGAGAACCUGGAGCUCUCCUUCAGGGUGUGGCAGUGCGGGGGUAGCCUGGAGAUCCACCCGUGUUCCCAUGUGGGCCACGUUUUCCCCAAGAAGGCCCCAUACGCCCGGCCGAACUUCCUUCAGAACACAGUGCGUGCUGCCGAGGUCUGGAUGGAUACCUACAAACAGCACUUUUACAACAGGAACCCCCCAGCCAGAAAGGAGACAUACGGGGACAUCUCAGGGAGGGUGCUGCUAAGAGAGAGGCUGAAGUGUAAGAGUUUUGACUGGUAUCUGAGGAAUAUCUACCCCGACCUGCACGUCCCUGAGGACCGGAAGGGCUGGCACGGGGCCGUGCGUAGCGCCGGGAUCCAUUCCGAAUGUCUGGACUACAAUGCUCCAGAGCACAGCCCCACCGGGGCCCACAUCUCCCUGUUUGGCUGCCACGGCCAGGGAGGCAACCAGUACUUUGAGUACACGUCCCAGAAGGAGAUCCGUUUCAACUCGGCAACAGAGCUGUGCGCCGAAGUGCCCGAGGGACAGAGCUAUAUCGGGAUGAGACACUGCCCCCACGACCGGGAUCCAAAGCCCCCUCAUAUCAUCUGGGAGUUCAGAGAUGAUGGGACCAUCUACCACCCUCACUCAGACAUGUGUGUCACAGCCUACCGCACGGCAGAUGGGCGCACCGACAGCCAGAUGAGACGAUGCAUCCCAGGAGACAGAAACCAGCAGUGGAAGUUUGAGUGGUAGCGGGAGCUCGCAUGGAAGGAAAACCUCAAGUGUCCUUCUCUGACCUUUUGUGCAAUUAUCAUGGCGGACGUGCUGUCCGCCGCUCCCAAUUCUCUAGCCCUCUAAAUCUGCACUCUAUUUGAAUGGGAAUGACUAGCAAAUGAAAUGUGGUGGAUUGUCACUUUAGGCCAAUGAUUGGACCAAUUUGGUGGUUUUAUACUCACAGGGACGAAUGAAUAGGUGCAGAUUGUGGCCGAGUGGGUCGAGAAUUGGAAAGCAGGGUUCAUUUGGGUCUUGUGAAACGGGAACCAAACCGAGCAUAGAGCUUUCAGAUCACUUUUGAAUUGCAUGCUUUCAUCCAAGUGCCUCUGCAACCUAAACGGAGUCUCGCAUACACCUGAAGUGUCAAUAUUUAUGCCCGAUUCACUGUUUUCAUUCAUUUAAAAAAAAAAGUUUUGUCUCUUGCUGCAAGCACUUGAAAGCACUGUGAAUAAUUUAGCUGUGCAGCAGAUAAAGAAGUGCCUUAAAAGUAGUUUGUUUGUGAAAAAAUUGGGGUUUUCCAAAUGCAUAAUAUUGUUGCACAACAAAAUAUAAAUCAUAUUUUUGAUAAUUUGGGGAAAUUUAAAUUAAAUCGUGAUGUUUACUAAACUUAAUCAAGGGUAUAUAGGGUAGCAACCGUUAUAUAUGCAUGCAUAUUCAGGGUGGGUUGCUCAUAGAUGAGCUAACUUGUGCCAGCAAUGCGAGGCCAAUUGUAUUUUCCCCGAAGUCGUCGUAGUCGACCAGUGCAUCCCCUCAUGUGAGAUGAGUACAUGGGGGAGCACCGCCGUCACGCUUGUCGGAUCCUCCUCUUAAGCUCCUGAUUUUAGUUUGGGAGCCCGUUUCAUGAUUGAACGAUACCUGAACGAGACUUGAAACAUUUGUUGAGCAAUUCAACCAAGCGCACUUUGUGCCCAGAGGGCUUUUGAGAAGUCGUGACUUUGAUAGUCUAGUCUUCCCUGUGCUCUGAGAGUCAAAAAAGGAAAAAACUUCAUCUCUACGCCUUUGGAGGACAGUCAGCCUAGUAGCAGUUGCAUGUGCUGAAAUGAACCGUGCCCAUUGAAGUCAAACAUAUUGAGUGCAUUUUAAUGCUCCCUGCAUCACCUUAAAAUCUAGUUUUCGGUAACAGCGGGACAGGUUAUGCUGUAGCAAGUGGACAUAUCUUAUUAUAACCUCGGUCAUAAAUCUGAUUUACAGGGAGCACAGUUUUAUCCAGUCGCACCUUAAAGGCAGUGACUUCUCGUUUUCAGUGUGUUUCUUCAUCUUGGCUGCACCAGACUGUUUUCCACGAGGCAUCCGUCUCAGUACUUGAAACAUAAGCACCAACACACUCUCUUUUUGUUCUUUUCCCCCCGCUGAAGACCUUAUUGGUAUCUCUAACCGUUGUGAUUUGAGAACCAAGAUAGCUGUCAUAUUAAAUGUUUGUUGCAUAGUAAUUGUGUGGCUGAAGACCGCUCAUCACCCACCAGUCUUGGGUCCUUUUUUUAUUUUUAUUUUUUUAUUCAUGAAUAUGAUGUAUUCAUUCUUGGCAAUGGAUGGCUGAGUUUUGUUUCGCCUUUAUAAAUAAUGCUUGCUUUCAAAGGGACUUAACUGGCGCAAUGCUAACUGGGAUUGAGCAUCUCCUGAAACUACUGAUAAAGCACAAGAGAAGUUGAUUGAUAUGAAGAAGGGAUUGAUUUAAGUGGGAUGGAUGUUUUGUGGUUAAUCCAAAAUAGAGUCAAGGCUGUCCAAAUGAUUGACAGAUUAAAA